AAAAUUGAGAUUGUCAAGUUUUUUUUUUGUUGCUAGAAUACAUUAUUACUGAAGCUUUAAUUUAUUUAUCUUUUAGGAUGUUCACAUAAAGAAGCAAGAAGAUGCUGGGAAAAGGAGAAGAGCCCUGGACAUUUUCAGAGCAGCCAAAAAGUCCCGAAAAGAAAUGUUCAGUGAGCUAGAACUUGAAAAUGAGUCUGACUGCCAAAGCUCAGACGAGGAUCCUGAAGUCAUACCACGAAGACUCUUUACACAAUUAAAAGAGUCAUACGAUAAUUUGGAAAUUGAAAAGGAAAAAGCAGAAAAAAAAUAGAAAGCCUUGAAAAAAAAAUUUUGGAUUAUGAAAAAAAAUAUGAUGAUAUUAAUGAAGUUGUUGAGUUGCGAAGAAUGAAUAGACAACUUCAGGAAAAGAUUCUACGUUUGCCAGCUACACAAGGAGAAUGCUCUUGUGCAAAAAGAAAUUUCCCAGAAAUUCCAGUUGCAAGCGAUUCUGAAGCAAUGGAGUUUGAACUUGGAGGUGGAAUUUUUAUAAAUAAAAAUGUAUAUAAUGAACUUUUUAAUCUGGAUCAUAUCAGAAAAUUUACUAAGAGUCUUGCUGUGGCUAUGUGGGGGACAGCAACAUUAGCCACCAGGUCCGUUUCAGGAAAACCCUGCAAAAAUAGAAAUUAGCCUAAGAAAGUGGCUCCAUCAGGUGGAAGUUAAGGAAGCCAGCCUCAGCAAGAGCCAAAGCCUCCAUUAACACCAGAAAAACUGGCAGUGAUCUCAGGUAAUAAGAACCUAUAAAUAUGACUAUAUACUUGAUAAUAUAACUUACUUCUGAUUGA